GCCACCCUGUGGGGAAUUUACAGACUAACCAUCAAGCCAGAGACAAGUUGUCUCUGAUCAAGCAACUUAAACUGACUUAAAUCAGUCUUUUUCAAUGUAUCCUUGCGAGGGAAAGAACCUUCCUUGAAAUUUACUGUUUACCAGUUUUUCUCUAUGAAAUAGUUUAAAUACUUUAAAUAUUUCAAGAUGGUUCGAAAACUGAAAUUUCACGAAAAGAAGCUGCUUAAAAAGGUGGAUUUUAUUUCCUGGUCCGUCGACAAUAAUCUGCACGAAGUUAAAGUGUUAAAAAAAUACCAUAUACAGAAGCGAGAAGACUACACAGAGUACAAUAAACUAAGCAGGAACGUGCGGAAGGUGGCAAGAACGAUUAAGUUAUUGGACCCGACUGAUCCAGUAAGAACUUCGUGUAGUGCUCGACUGCUGCAAAAACUGUAUGACAUGGGCUUGAUUGCUAGUGUAGGGGACUUGAGCUUAGCGGAAAAGGUAACCGCAUCAUGUUUCUGCAGAAGGAGAUUGGCCGUAAUAAUGGCGAAAAGUCGCAUGGUAGAAACCAUCAAGGAAGCAGUAAAACUCAUAGAACAAGGUCAUGUGAGAGUGGGAACUGAACUAAUUAAAGAUCCAGCUUUUCUGGUGACUAGAAUUUUGGAAGAUUAUGUUACCUGGGUGAACAGCUCCAAAAUUAAACAACACGUGUUGGAAUAUAAUGGGCAGAGAGAUGAUUUUCUACUAUGAGGCGCUGAUCACACCUGCAUGCUUUCCUGAUUAAGACUCAUCAUGUCGGUCCUCCCACUCCACAAUUUGUAUAUGUCUUGCGUCCAGGAUCGUCUUCAGCUCCUCGAAUCCUGCCUUGGGUUCUUGGAGGAUAUUCUCCUUUGCGAUGUCUUCAAUGAUUAGCUCAGCUACGCCAAAAGCGUUGGACAUUGUGAAUAAUAUCACGCCCACAGGGCCAGUAGCUGCAAGAA